GGGAAGCUAUUUAUAAGAGAGAAACUGGUGUGACUCGUUCAACGUACAGGCGUCUCUUCCAUUUUGUUUUUUCAAUUUUUUUCCUUUUUCGUUUUCUUUCUAUAUGGAAGGAAAGGAAAAUGCAGAAAGUUGACAAAAGGAAAUUAAAAAAGAAAAAAAUAAAAUAAAAUAGAAGAGUUUGCUUAUAUGGGUUUCAGAUAUUCUAUUGCAAGCUGUUAGGGAAUGUGACAAAAAAUAUCAAAACCAUAGCCUUGCAGUUGCCGUUUCUCUCUGUUUUUGUCAUUUAAUUUUUGGGUUUACGGCAGUUUUUGAAUUCAGCUGUUGCUUGACGCAGUUUAUUAUUCCUUAGUUGGUUAGUUUGUUUUGUAUUUUCCUUUUCUUUUCUUUUUUUCUUGUUUGUUCCUUUUUAUGAUAUCAUAUGAAGAUGGGUUCUUCAUCCAUGAUCAGAUUGGAGGAGGUCUCCCUUGAAUUCUUUUUGGGUCUCGGAGAAUUCUUUUCGAUUCAGCAGUUCCUAUAAGGCGGUUUGGACUCAGUCAAAGGACUUGUUUCUGUUCAGGUAUAGAUAUCAAAUUCAUUUUCCAGUAUCUUCAAUUUCGAUUUUUGCCUCAUACUUGAUCUUUCUUCCAGGUCCUUGAUUCUUUCUACUUGCUGUUGGAUUUUGGGACUUCACAGCGACUUGCUUGCUUUUCUGAGGGUAGCGUUAUUGGGGAAUUUUCCCUUUUUACUUUUCCUUUCUUCAUUAGGAGCCUUAAUGGAGCAAUUCCGGCAGAUGGGGGAGGUAUUAGGAAGUUUAAAGGCUUUGAUGGUAUUGCAAGAUGAUAUUCAGAUCAAUCAGAAACAGUGCUGUUUGCUGCAUAAUAUCUUCACCUUAGCUUUUAACACAAUUGCAGAGGAGAUCAAGCAGAAUCUGAAACUGGAAGAAAAGAACACCAAGUGGAAACCCCUUGAAGAGCCUCUAAGAGAGCUCCAUAGGGUCUUCAAGGAGGGAGAAUUCUAUGUUAGGCGCUGUUUGGAUAGCAAAGAUUGGUGGGGCAAAGUUGUUAGUCUCCAUCAAAACAAGGAUUCCGUAGAGUUUCACAUCUACAACUUGUUUAGCAUCUUCCCUGCUGUUAUAGAGGCAAUUGAGACUGCUGGAGAAAUCUCAGGACUUGACCAGGAGGAGAUGCAAAAGAAGAGAGUAAUGCUUGUGAAGAAGUAUGAUCGAAGUUGGAAGGAUCCCAAACUUUUCCAAUGGAGAUUUGGGAAGCAGUAUUUGGUGUCUCGAGAGAUUUGCAGUCAAAUUGAGAGUGCAAUGAGAGAAGAUGGAUGGCAACUUGUUGAAGCAAUAAAGCAAAAGAUAAAGGCAGGAUCGCUCACGAAGAACGAGCAAGGACUUGGGGAUGUACUGCUCAAGAAGUUAAAUGGACAACUGCUAGUUAAUAGAAAACUUCCUCCAAGUUCAAUUUUGUUAGGAUCACAAGAUUACCAAGUGAGGCGGCGGUUAGGAGGAAAUAGCCAGUUCAAGGAAAUUCAGUGGCUUGGGGAGAGCUAUGCUUUGAGACAUUUCUUUGAGGAUAUUGUACCAUUGAGUUCUGAGAUCACUAAUUUGCUAUCACUUUCUCAUCCCAACAUAGUGCAGUACCUCUGUGGAUUCUAUGAUGAGGAAAAGAAAGAAUGUUUUCUAGUAAUGGAGUUGAUGAGCAAAGAUCUCCAUGCACUCAUGAAGGAGAACAGCAGUUCAAGGAGGCAGGUGUUGUUCCCUCUUCCUAUUGUUGUUGAUAUAAUGCUUCAGAUUGCAAGAGCCAUGGAAUUUCUUCACUCUCAAAAGCUUUAUGUUGGAGAUUUAAAUCCUACUAAUAUCUUCCUCAAACCAAGAAAAUGCAUAGAAGGUUAUUUUCAUGUGAAGGUCUCAGGGUUUGGUUUAACUUCCAUAGAAAAUAGUCCUUCUCGACACGCAUCAUCGAACAACCAAAAUGCAUUCGACCCGUGUAUUUGGUAUGCACCGGAAGUGCUGGCAGAGAAUGAACAGAAAGGAACUAGCUCUAUGCACAAGUACUCGGAGAAAGCCAAUGUUUACAGCUUUGGGAUGCUUUGUUUCGAGCUUUUGACAGGUAAACUUCCAUUUGAGGAUGGGCAUCUUCAAGGAGACCAAAUGUCCAAAAACAUAAGAGCAGGGGAGAGGCCAUUAUUCCCAUCCCUUUCACCAAAAUUUCUUGUGAACUUGACCAAAAAAUGCUGGCAUAAUGACCCAAGUUUUAGACCAAGUUUCUCAUCUAUUUGUAGAGUUCUGAGAUACAUCAAGAAGUUCCUUGUGAUGAAGCCAAGCGAUGGUCAGCUGGUUAUGCAGUCGCCUCCUGUAGAUUACUCUGAAUUAGAGACAGGGUUUUUAAAGAAGCAUUCAGAGGAGGUGAACUGUGGUGUAGCCUCUGUGUCACAAAUUCCAUUCCAAAUGUUUGUGUACAGGCUUAUAGAGAGAGAAAAGACUUGUUUGAGUGUUAAGCAUUCAGAAGAAACAAGUGAUGGUACCUCAAAUGGUGGGGAUGAGAAUACUUCUGUAGUGGAGGAUCCAAUUGCACAAGCACCAGCAAUGGAUGCAAGAUCAGUUGGCUCUGACAUGAAAACAGUUUGUUUUGAUAUGAAGUCUAUUUGCACAGAGGAUCCAGACAGGAAAAUACCAUUUGAUUUGAGAUCAAUUCGUUCUGAGCCUUCUGAGAAGAAAAUUGUGCUCCGAAAGUUGGCUACCAAUGUCAAGGUCAAAAGAACUUCAGGCAAACCAAAGACACCAGUAUCUGCAAAAUCAUCUCCAUGGAGUCGGCCAGGUCAUACUUUGCAGGGUAGCCGAGAGAAACCAUUGUCAAUGAGCUCUCCGAGUCGAAGCAAGCACAGAUCAAAUGGACAAGCCGUCGCUUUUGAGAAAUCUUAGCUUCUGUUAAAUGUGGAAUCAAUGCGGUUUGCUUCUUUUAAGUAGAAUUUGUGUACAUCUCAUUUCUCUCCUUAGGUUUUGCUUGUGUUAGAACUGUUUUACAUUGUUAAAAUUUGUUUAGGACUAUCGUCCAGUGGUCUAUGAAACAUUGAUGCUUAAUAUGGGAAUACACAGGUUUCAGUAUUUUACUUCCAA